GGGUGGAGAUUAAGUGCUUCAGAACAAAGGUACUGCUGCUGCUGUUGCGUUUAAGUCAAGGGAGUGUUUUGUUGUUUUUUUUUUAUUUGUGUUGUAGAAAAGGUGGAAGCUGCAGGCAAAAUAAGUUACAAGAGUUGUGUGGUUAGUAUCCUAGAUGUAUUAUUUACUGGUAAAUAUAUUUGCUGUUUGGCAAGUAAAGCUUACGAGUUGCCAGCCUGGCUACUUCUUUCUCUGUAGAGGAUGUGUUUGACAAUUGUCAAGUUUUCAAGCAUGCUUUAGAUCAUUGCUGGGGAAGUUUUUUCUUUCUGGAAGUAUGUGGGGAUGAUCUGGUAAAGCCAAGUUAGACAAAUGAUUCAGUCUCCAUGGCCCAAUUUACCUACCACACGUCCCUCAUGAAGCAGGUGCCAGGGAGCAUGAAAUGUUUGAUACCUGGAAGGCUGAUCUGGGCUGGAACAAUUUCCAAGAAUGACUGUGCCUGAUAUUCUCUCCCUGAUAACCAGACAUAUAGCAAGUGUAACAGGAAAUGAUGUUAAAUACCUCAGGCUUUCACAGAAUCGAGUCUUCAAAGUCAGUAUCAAUAUUUUUAUUGUUUUGUUCAGGACAGAUUACAUCCUCUCUUACGGUCACUUCACUUGAAUAAGUUUGAAACGAUCAAGUUGAUCAACUUUUCUGGAAACCAUGAUGUAUCUGCUCACCAGUUCAGACAAUGCACCCUUUUGUUUCCCCUGAUUCAGAUAGCAACGGGAAGAGAGGAAAGCAGGUUGCCACAUGGGGCUUGGAAGAACUGACUGUCUUGUUAGGGUGCGGUUGGAUAUCAGACCUCAGGUUGCACUCUAAGAUAAAACAGUGUUACUUGCUCACACAUUACACGAUUGACCUCUUACCAUGAGUGAGGACUGCUCUGGCCAGAAAGGGAAUCAGAAGAGUCCUGGUACAAAAAAAAGUCCAUCUAGAGCUUAGCAAAUGACUCACUGCACUGAAGAUGCUUUGGCUCUCAGCUCUGAGGAGGCCGAGCUCUUCUGCUGAGAAGUAGCUGCAAUUAUGAAGUUAAUGGAGUAGUCAAAUACUACAACGUUGAAUGUACCCAAGAACCUGCAAACCUAUGCUGUCUGCCUAAGCAAUCUGCAUUAUGUGCUGGCAGCUAUGGCUCCUGUGGAAUUUAUGUUCUGAGCACUGAGGAAGAGCAUCUCCCCCUGAAGUCAUCUAGCACUGAUUUCACAUUCUGGCUAUCCUGUAUUUGCUGUAAUUGGAAAAAUGUUUAAUUUUUUCAAAGUUUUCUUGAUAAAAUAUUCACAGAGGAAAUGCAGCAUUGUCUCUUUUUCAGGGAACAUGUCCUCUUGUGUUUCGAUUUCCACGAGAAUUGCAGGAAAGGAGUUCUUGUAAUAGCUGCUCUUGCUUAUGCCUGUAGGAGUGGGAAGGAGGACAUCAACUGGUAGCAUAAGCCCAGACACCUGAGUACCAUACCAUUCUCCUCUGAGAUUCUGGGCAAGUCUUUCCAUUUCUAUGUACUGCUCUUCUCCCUCUAAACUGAAGCUAAUAACUUUCUUCCAUUUUUUAUAAUUCCUGUACCAGUUUACUCUGUCAGGCCUGAAGUGCCUGACAGUGGCAGUUUUGGUGCUUGUACACUUUAUUGCUUUUGCUGCUCCCUACUAAUAUUAAGAGAGUGUACUCCAAAACUCUGAUAACAUAUCUGGAAGCCAAAUCAGAAAGCAUACUGCUUUUGUUUUUUUUUUUCUUUUUCAGGGUUUGAGUAGCACAGUGAGCACCAUUAGGUUCACAAAUUUCUGCAAAGAAGAGACACCGUGCAAAAUACUGAAUUUUUGUCCGCAUAGCUAGGCUCCUUGUUUGACAUCUGAAGUCAGGUUUCAUCUUAAAUAUUUUCUAAUAGGGAAGUGGUUUUAUCUUAAAUUUUUUAUGUUAUUGAAGUGCUGGAUUUCCAGUAAUACCUAUUUUGCUGAUGAAGGUAAGGGCACCCCAGUGUCUUCUGUACCAGAUGGAACAGGGAUUACAGAAACUCAUGUGGCAUUACUGCAAGAGAAACUCGGAAAUGAAAACCAGACCAUGACACAGAAGAGAUUACAGACUGAAAUUGCAUAGUGAAUGGAAGAACAGGAUUUUGAGUAGAUCUUUAUUUUUUUUUCUUCUGGAGAGAAAAAAAAACCAAACAAAAAAAACAACCAUGUGAAUUUAGGUAUUAACCAUGUUAAUAUGGUUGAAGUGUGCAUUUAUAUGGUGGUAGAUCUAUCUAAAAGAAGAAAAAGGCAUGGAGCUUUCCUGCCUAAUCAGUAUAUACAAGUAUUAUAUCUAUCUAUCUAUAUAGUAUAGUAUAUCAACCAUCCUAUAGGUACAGUUUGAGAUUUAUGCUGCUUAUGCAUGAGUCUGUGUAUAUAAAUAUAUAUUUUUUUACAUAUUCCCAUAUGUAAAAUGGGAUACACUCUACCUUUAUCUGUAGAGUGUAUCCAUAGGACAAUGUGCAAUGGUCUUAAACGGUAAGAGCUUAGAUUUAGAUUACACAUUUGGAAGAAAUUCUUGACUGUGAGAGCAGUAAGGCACUGGAACAGGCUGCCCAGAGAAGCCAUGGCUGCCCCAUCCCUAGAAGCAUUUGAGGUCAGACUGGAUGCAGCUUUGAGCAGCCUGAUAUAGUGCAAGGUGCCCCCUGCCUAUGGCAGGCUGUUGGAACUAGAUGGUCUAAUCCAUUCUGUGAUUCUAAACUAUUUCUCUCUCUUUUUCUUUUUCCAAUGGAGUAGUACUGAAUCUCAUGAAGAUAAAAUCCCAGAAGAUCCUGCUGAAAGAAAGAUGAGGUGCAGAGAUGUGCUAUGCUUCAUCGGAUUGAAUUUGGUUUGAAUUGACUGCAGCAAGAAGGAGUGUUUCUGAAGAGCUCAGCAUUACAAAAGGGACACCAAUGAGGUGCUGUGAGGUAUUGCCGUUGCCGCUGUGUUGUUCCUUUGAUCUCCUGCCUUUCCCAUGACGAUUUCCCAGUGUUUACAUUAUGGAUUUGAACAUGGGCACCCAGCCACAUUCUGUGACCAAGUCAGAGAUCCCAGACCAUGUUCUUUACACGGUGGGGACGUGUGUUCUUGUUAUUGGCUCCAUUGGCAUCAUAGGAAACCUCCUAGUUCUCUAUGCAUUUUACAGCAACAAGAAGCUGAGGACACCCCAGAACUUCUUUAUAAUGAAUUUGGCUGUGAGUGACUUCCUGAUGUCAGCUUCUCAGGCCCCCAUAUGCUUUAUCAACAGCUUGCACCGAGAGUGGAUCCUUGGAGAUAUAGGUUGUGACUUGUAUGCUUUCUGCGGGGCGCUCUUUGGAAUAACCUCGAUGAUGACUCUGUUAGCUAUUUCUGUUGACCGCUAUUUGGUGAUCACCAAGCCCCUGCGCUCCAUCCAGUGGACCUCCAAGAAGCGCACCAUACAGAUUAUUGCUGCUGUGUGGCUGUACUCGCUGGGGUGGAGCGUAGCCCCACUCCUUGGGUGGAGUUCCUACGUGCCUGAGGGCUUGAUGAUAUCCUGUACAUGGGACUAUGUAACCUACUCCCCUGCAAAUAGAAGUUACACCAUGAUUUUAUGCUGCUGCGUAUUUUUUAUUCCCCUGAUAAUAAUACUCCAUUGCUAUUUAUUUAUGUUCUUGGCCAUAAGAAGUACUGGCAGAGAUGUCCAAAAGCUUGGGUCCUGCAGCCGCAAAUCCUUCCUCUCUCAGUCCAUGAAGAAUGAAUGGAAACUGGCAAAAAUUGCAUUUGUGGUCAUCAUUGUGUAUGUCUUGUCCUGGUCUCCAUAUGCUUGUGUCACCUUGAUUGCCUGGGCAGGCCGAGGAAACACUCUAACGCCGUAUUCCAAAUCUGUGCCAGCUGUUAUUGCUAAAGCCUCUGCAAUCUACAACCCCAUCAUAUAUGCAAUAAUUCACCCGAGAUACAGAAAAACCAUCCACAAUGCUGUGCCCUGCUUAAGGUUCCUAAUACGAAUAUCAAAGAAUGAUCUCCUGAGAGGCUCCAUAAAUGAAUCAUCAUUCAGGACCUCUCUCUCCAGCCACCAGUCUCUUGCUGGAAGGACCAAGAACACUUGUGUUUCAUCAGUUUCCACUGGAGAAGCUAACUGGAGUGAUGUAGAGCUUGACACUGUAGAACCAGCUCAUGAGAAACUGCAGCCUCGCCGAAGUCAUUCCUUCUCAUCAAGUCUGAGACAGAAGAGAGACCUGCUUCCAGACAGCUAUAGCUGCAGUGAAGAAACUGAAGAAAAGGUUUCGCUGUCAUCCAGCUACCUGGAGAAGGUGCUGGGGCGGUCAGCCUUCCCCAGCUCCCCUGUAGCACUUGUGACCAGCUCCCUCCGAGCAGCCUCUCUUCCCGUUGGUUUAAACAGCAGCAGUGCCAGCAGAGGAGCAGGCUCAGAUAUCUCACAGAUGAAAACUGAAGAAAGUCAUAAUAAUGGAGGCCUGGACUCCAUUGUUAGCAAUACAGUCCCUCAAAUCAUUAUCAUUCCUACCUCAGAGACAAACCUAUUUCAAGAGGAACCUGAAGAGGAAGAGACUGAAUUAUUCCACUUCCAUGACAAAAAGAAGAAUCUGCUGGAUUUGGAAGGGCUUAGCUCAUCUACAGAGUUCCUCGAAGCUGUUGAGAAAUUUCUAUCAUAAGUGCAUCAAAAGGAAACUUUCUGGCAAUUAUUUUCUUGGCAUCUUUUCCCCAUAAUUAUACCAAAUAACCGAAGCCUUGUAGGUUAGAUCAUCAAGCUUUUUGUAUGUUUAUAUGGUAGCCACUAGGGAGCCUUCAGAUUUAUCUUUGUCCAGACUAGUUCAGGCAUAGAAAAAAGCUUUCUUUCAGAUCCAGCAUUGGAGGAUCUGGCAGCAGGAUCAAGUGGCAUCAGUGGAGUUGGCCACCUGCUUCAUGGGGCACUGAACCUUGGUAUGCAACCACAAAUACCAGGAGGAGGAAAAAUAAUUGAACUGAAAUAGGGGUAGCUGCUGAACAUGCUACUUGCAUGUGAAAUCCCAUUCUUAUUUUGGCAGCUCUCUUCUGGAGGUGGUGGUAAACACUGUGAGAUCACAGCUUUCCACCAGUCCCAGAGGCAAUAUGGCUAGAUGAUCAAACUAUCUUUUAAUCAAAUUAUUUGUAUAAAUAUAUAAAAAUAAACCUCAAUACAUGGAUUGAUCAUGUAGCAGGGAGGAGAUUGCUUACUUAUAAAAUUCAGUGAUAAAAGUUUGGAUUUUACCUCAGCAUUAGUGUAAUCACCUGAAUGUCAAAAUGCAAGGUGCUAUAUGCUAAAACAUGUAGUUCCACCUAUGGAAGCAUUUAGAGCACCUUGAGAUUUUCAUGUGGAUUAAAACAUGUAUGAAUCUAAUGAAUAUAAUUCUAAUGAAUAUGUGAUUAAAAGGAUGAACAUCCACAGCUGGCUUGACAAUUCACUCACGAGAAUAAAGCCCUAGCUGCUAUGUGUCACUUGUUACUUCAGCAGAGAUUCUUCUCUUCUAAAACUUCACAGAUUGAUGUCUUCUGCAGGUCAUGUUCCAAAAGCCUUCCUGUGGGUAAGACAUCACCCUGGGAUGAUAGCUUCAGAAAACUGUAUUGUUUGCUACAGGACCUGCAGUCGUAUUGUUAAUGGUGGUUAUUGUUUGUUUUGUCUGUUUUAUGUUACAGCUCAGGCUUGCAAGAUCCUUCUCGCAUUUCGUACCUAAAUACAUUCUUUCUCUAGUUAUUUAUUUUCCCUUUUGGAAAGAAGUUGUCUGCUGCAUCCUUUUUGGUUUCUGAGCUUCAGAUGUAGACAAGUUGAGCAAUGUUGUUCUUUACAAAGCAUCAGGAUAUCUUGGGAGAAAGCAGAAGUUCCUCGGCCACUAGGUUUUCCUCCAGGAUCAAGCAUCAUGACAGAGCCACCCACAGUCAGCUCAAUACUUCUAAAGACAAUUCCUACACUGAGGACCAACUCAGUUAGCAGGUGGCAUGGCACGGUGACUGGUGUGGAAUCUGCUCACCUGCAGCUUCUCAAGCCAGGCUGCUAUCCAAGCCCGUGGUUUGGGCCACAGAGAGUAACCAAAUGCUAAUUAAAGACCCUAUUCUUGGAAAACAGGGGAGGCUUCAUCCUUGGCCAAACAUAGAGUUCUGCCAUCUCUGAUUAUUUUUCUGCUGGAUCUGUCUUCUCUGGUUCAUUAUCAUCUCUUUUUCCUAUGUAACUACAUAGCCAGUGACCUUACUUCUUGCUUUUAAUAUCCUCAGUGGCAUCUCCCUUCUUCUCAAACCAGAUGCUAGGAAGCAAACAAACUUGCAGGCCUUACAAGUCUUACACCUGACUUUUGCUGUUGUAAUUAAAUAGCAAUAACAAAGGCAAUCAGUGUUCCAAGAUACAAAAAUAGGCCUCUGAGAAGAUUUUGCAAUCUAGUGUUCAUGUAAUUGUACUGGUAGGACUGUAAGGGGAAUAUUGCUGUGGUUUCCAAUGGGAUGAAGAAUGUAAGUUCUAAAGCAACAAUGAACAAAUUCCUCUGUAACCAGGGUUUUGCUUGGACUACACGGUGACAUUCCAGUGAUCUCUUGCACGUGUUCUGAUACCAACCAUGUGUUUCAGAAAACUAAUGGGCUUGAGAUGUGUGCAUUUCAUUUCUACACCUCAUUUGCAAUUUCUACUAUUGCUUCUGAAGCUAAUGUCAAUAUUACUGUGUUCUUCAACUGCUGUAGACCAGAAUGUCAAAUGAGAUAGCCGUAGAGUGAAAAAAACUAAAAUUAUAUGCAGAAUCAGACACAUUUAUUUCAGAAACAUCACAGUGUGAAUCAAUCUUAAAAUAGUGAAAGCAGUACAGAAGAAUCUUGUGUGCUGCUCUGUUGCUGCAUUAGACUAGAUGGCACACAAAAACAUCCAGUAUUGACUGCUGCUUUUCAUUUCAUGAAGGUAUGUAUUGGUUCGCUCAACUUGAAUAAACAAUUCUUAGGAGUUGUAUUAA